AUGGCCACUCAACCAAUCCACCUUUAUUCCCACACGAGGGGUCCCAACCCGUGGAAAGUCUCUAUCAUCCUCGAGGAGCUUGGUCUUCCAUACGAGACGGAGUUUGUGAACCCAGCUGAACUUCACUUUUCGUCCAAAAGCAAUCUGAGUCUCCAAGAGCUUUCCCGUGAGAAAGUACUCGACCACCUUAUGACUGUCGCCCUCAAAGAUCUCAUGGCGGAACUAGGACUUGACCCAAGCAAACUAGCUAAUUGGGCCGACCUAGCUUACUCGUUGCAGAGUUCUACCAUCAACUGUGAGCCUUUGGGAAUGGCGAAGUCUAUCGAUGUCCUUUGUGCGAUUCCUCUGGCGGCUGUAGCCAAAAAUAUGGAAGAUUGGAAGACGAAUCAUUUGGGAAGAUGGAAGGAUUUUACCGAGGACAUAAAGUUGGAUGAGGUGAAUGGUACACACUAUAUUACAAUUGGUCCUACACAUGUGUAUAGUUUCCAGAGAGGUUGA